CCGCCAACGUACCAAGUAGUGUUACGUUUCUCUACACCUCCUAAGGGGAACCAGCACGGAUACAGCGGAAGCAGUGCUAGCGAUGCAUUCCUUGUCCCGCCACCGCCCCGAUAUUAAGUAGCCCGACAGUCGCGGCCAGCGAGUUGGCCAGAUGUAUUGAUUUCCACACCCUUCGUCGUCACCCUGACUGCGAUAUUCCCGACCACCGCAUACUGCGAAGACAGAUCGCUGCUAGUUCCACGGGACUACUGACAUCUACGCAUUACCCCUCUCCGUCACUCCGACACCUCGACGAUUCCCGACACUCGGACAUCCCAGGAGAGCUCGCGACCACCAUGAAACUCAUCGUGACCGGCGCCACAGGCUGCGUUGGCAGGGAAGUCAUCCGGCAGAGCCUGAGCCGCAAGGAGAUCACCUCGGUGAUAGCCCUGGCCCGCGGGCCCGUCCCCGUGCCGGACGGCCUGGGCGCCGGCGCCGACUCCUCGAAGCUACGCAGCAUCCGCAUCAAGGACUACGGGGAGUACCCCGACGACGUGAGGAGGGAGCUCGCCGGCGCCGGUGCGUGCAUAUGGACCGUCGGUGUCACUCCCGACAAGGCGCUGCGGUCUGACUGGAAGGAGGUCGAGCGCGUGUGCCGCGACUGCACCAUUGCCGGCAUGAACGCCAUGUACGAUGCCGGGCCCUCGCGGCCCUUCCGCUUCCUGUACGUUAGCGGCGAGGCUGCCGAGCGUGACCAGACCAAGAAGCCGGCGUUUCUGUCGCGGUAUUUGUUGAUGCGAGGUGAGGUCGAAAACCAGGUCCUGAAAUUCGCGGCCGAGCACGACGGCUUCGAGGCCGUCACGGCAAGGCCGGCGUUCAUCUACGAACCGGGCGAGUUCCUAAAGGCCUACCUCGUCGGGCCGCUGGCGAGACUGGCCCUGGGCGCUCCGAGCAUGUCGUCCGCCGAAGUGGCGAAGGCCCUGCUGGAGCAGGUCAUCGCCGGGUUUGGGAAGGAUCCUCUGCGAGCCUGGGACCUAGUAAGGCUUAGUAAGGCCACGGAAUAGGAAAUGCGCGCGCUGCGAUGAGGGGGAGAUGUAUCUCUCUUUGCAUGGGUCGAAAGGGGGUUGGGACAAUGGUCUGGGGAAUUAUGCGGAGGAGAUUACGGGGGAAGAAGUUUGGGGGUCUGACGGGGAGGAAUGGAAUGGGAUAGCUAAUUGCCCGAUGCAGAAAUGCCGAGGCAUCUCGCAUACCCGCCUACCCCAUGGCCUAGCUUGCCUAGGUUAA